AUGGAGGAACCGCUGCUGGCCGCGCCCAUCAACCCCAACAACUUCCCGGCCAAGCUGUGGCGACUAGUGAACAGCCCGCGCUUCCGCUCCAUCCGCUGGGACGCUCGCGGCGAGGGGCUCCUCAUCGACCAGCCUCUCUUCGAGGCCGAGCUCCUGGGCGCGGGGCCCGGCGGCGACGGGGCGGCCGCCUGUGCCGAGCUCUUCAAGACGACCAACUUCACCAGUUUCAUCCGGCAGCUCAACCUCUACGGCUUCCGCAAGGUGGUGCUGGGCCCGCCGGGCGGCUCCCCCCUAGCCCCGCCGGCCUCGGCCUCGCCCGCGGGGCCCCUGCACCACUUCCACAGCCCGCACUUCCGCCGCGACCGCCCCGACCUGCUGGUGCACCUCAAGCGCCUCACGAGCGCCAACAAGGCCAAGCUGGCAGCCGGCCUGGAGGUGACGAGCCGCCCGCCCAACCGCUUCCAGCGCCUGCUCAGCACCUCGCUGCAGGGCGACACGCUGCUGCCGCCGCCGGUGCCCGGCAAGGCAGACAAGCCCGAUACAGGGCAGCUAACCAUAGGACAAUUUCAUCGGUCUUUUCGGCGAGACAGUUUAUCACCUUACUCAUAUGUAUCUGCUUCAUCCCACCACCCCAGCACUUUACCUUUAAAAGGCUUAGAUCGGACUCCAAUUCCUCCCAGAACAUGGCAGAAUUCCCUUGGGAUGCUUCCAGGGCAGGUGGAGACUUCUUCAAAUUUUUCAGAAAAAGGGGUUCCAUUUUCUGUACUACAAAGGUUUCCAACAGAGGUUACAUACACACUGCAACCCAACGCUACUUCUGUCCAUAUUCAGCAAGGGCCUCAGGCAAUGGUGACUUCUUCUCAGAAAUACAGCAGCUACACACCUUCAGCACAGUACUCUCAAGCCUACUACCCAACAGCUGUAUUACAGUGCUGCUCACCAACUACCCACAUAGAUCCUCUGAGUGGUUGUGCUAGUCCUACAGCUUCUACCUAUACCCACUGCAACUAUUUCCAGAAUCCUCCAAUGCAGUCAUCAUAUCCAGUUGAAUUUUUGCCAUCUAACUGGCCAUGCAGUAUGUCUGAUGAAAACAAGAAGACAGAAGUAAACUUAGAAGCUGUCUUUCAGAUUGUAGAUGAGAUGCAUUCUUCUCCCAAAUUGGAGAUGGUGAAGGUGGAACCUGUGGAGAACCAAUGUUCAACCCCACAGCCUAACAAAAGCCAACGGCUUCUAGCUACUCCUGAAAAUAUUGAUGUACCUUCCUCAAAUCAGGCCAGUGAGCUGGAGCCUCUUACUCCUGUAGGUUCAGAUAUUACGUCAUUUGUGGUGGGAGCAGAUCAAGCAAUGGCCUGUUCUCUGCCACAGUCUCCUGAGUUUAUUUACACUAUACAAGCCACUGAGUCUCUAGAGACUGCUGCUACACGAAUGGUGCAGGAACCUGCAGCCACACAGGAAGCGCAUGCAAAACUGAAAGAACAGCUGAGCCAUGCUUCGACUCAGUCUUCAGUGGUGUUUGUUCAUGAGGGAGUGCCAUUCAAUCUACAGCAGGUGGAUUCAAAUAUUAAAUGUCAAACCAAUACAUCAGAGACGGUUGUCUCUUCAGAACAAAUAGGAUUCCUUAUUUCAGAGGUGGGGCCAGUGAGCAAAUCUGCCAAAGACACAGUUUCAUCCAUGCAAGCCAGAUGCAGAGAAAGAAGAAGCGGUUCACAGAAGGGCAAGUCCCCUGAUCUCCAUCUGCUGGUAGAUGUAGCUUGCAAGCAGGAGCACUUUUCAAAGGAAGAAUUAAGAGAGUAAGAAGUGGGUGACAAGUAUGUGAAAAUGUGCCUCAGCUGCCAGCUGGGUUCUCUGUUUCAGUCUCCAGUGGUAGUGCUUAGCACAUACUGCACUUUGAUUCUCUUCAACUGUGUUAAAAGAAUCUUUUCCUUUACUCUCAUUGUGAAUUUAUGGGGAAUUAGUUAUUCCAUUGUUUACGUCACUUUAGUUAUGUUUUUUACCUUGACACACUGUAAAACAUCUAGCGGCCAAAGUGUUCAGAAUAAAGUAAUUAUUCAGCUGCUCAGGCUCAAUGGAAAGUUUGGCUCUGUAUAAACAGGAAGCCUCUGUAAGACAUUUGUACUGGGGAGUAAGUUUUUUUUUUAGUUCUCUUAUUUGGAAUUGCUGCAGUUUUCAUUGCUGGAAGCUAAUCAGAACAGACCUAGUUUGGUGUUCUCCUCAUCUCUGGGAAUCACAUUGCGUGCUUUAAAGGGAAUUGUAUGAGAAACAAAAGCACUGGGAGGUCACAAGAUUCCAGGUCUGAAUGGCUCAGGGAUUCUAGGAGAGCAGCUGUAAGACAGAUGACCUAAUUUUCUCAGUGAUUCACUAGGAAAUCCUCUUCCUAAUCUCCUGCUCUGUUUCAAUGAUAAGCAUGUCCCACUGGUGAGCAUCCUUCAGCCACUAUAGCCGCUGGAUCUUUUACAAUAAUGGAGCAUUCUUUUGUCUUAAUUAUUUCCUUUUGAUUUUAGUGAUAGCUGUAAUGGUAAGUAAGCUGUUCUUUUAAUAUAUUGGCUCAUUUUAAAUAGGUCUUUGCUGGGCAUUGUAAACUUGUUUAAUGUAAUCCUAUUUAUACUGACAGUAGAGCUAAGGUUUUUUAACACCUAUGUAUCUGUAUUAGUGUUAAAGUAUUGGCCAAAGAAUAAAGGAUGCAUGUGCAAUAUUUAUGUUUCCUUAGAAUAUAUAUGAAUAAAGCAGCAAUAAGAAAAUGCAACUUUAAUUGCCUUGUGCCUAUUCACAUGCCUAGUCAGUUCUGUCUAAUUGUGAAAACAAGGGAAAAGAUAAGUUAUUAGACUAUUUAUUUAUCACAACCUGAGAUGCACUUUUCUAAAUGUUGUUGUUGCUUAUAGCUGUGCUUCAUGUGUCCCAGAUGAAGUUUGGGUGGUAGGAUGAACCAUACCCAAAUCUUGAAACACCUACCAAGGCUUCAGAUAAAACAGCUGAAAACUUGAGUGCUUGUGUGUCUUGGUACAUUAGCAGUUUCAUUACCAUACUAAACUUUCACAAAGCUUCCAUUUUAAAUAAUUUAUUAUGUACUCAGUGGGUGCAUCUACAUGAGACACUAAAU